GUAGUGAUUCUAUGCUGUUAAACAUGGCAGCACCAAGUUUGAAAAACUAGCACAGGAUUGAAUGUUGUUAAUUGUUAAAAACAUUGCAUUGAAUUAGCGAAUUAUGUGAAGACCGGAAAUGUGUUCUCAAAUAUUGUGUUCACAGAUAACGAUCAUUAAGCGGACCGAAAAGAACAGCUCAAGACUUUAAUUCGCCAAGGUGGUGGUUACGGGCCAUGGCACUCCCCCAACCCAAACUACAGGCGCCUCAGCUACCCCAGCACCUGCUCCGAACCUUGGACUGCAAGCAGGGGGCUGUCAGAGCUGUGCGCUUCAAUGCGGAUGGCAACUACCUACUCUCAUGUGGCAGUGACAAAACCCUUCGGCUAUGGAGUGUAAGCCGAGGAACUCUGCUGAAGACCUACAGCGGGCAUGGUUACGAGGUGCUGGACGCCGACGGUUCCUAUGACAACAGCCAGCUGUGCUCCUGCAGUUCUGACAAGACAGUGAUCCUGUGGGACGUGGCGACGGGACAGGUCACCCGCAAACUGAGGGGUCAUGCUGGGAAAGUCAACUGUGUGCAGUUCAAUGAAGAAGCUACAGUCAUGCUAUCAGGUUCCAUAGAUGGCACGGUCAGGUGUUGGGACACACGGUCCAGGAGACCCGAGCCCAUUCAGAUUCUGGACGAGGCCAGUGACGGUGUGAGCAGCAUAAAGGUGUCUGAACACGAGCUGCUUACCGGUUCUGUGGACGGUAAAGUGAGGCGAUACGACCUGCGAAUGGGGCAGCUGCACGUAGACUUCGUCAGCAGCCCCAUCACGUGCGUGUGCUUCAGUCAGGAUGGACAGUGCUCCCUCAGCUCCAGUCUGGACUCCACCGUCCGGCUUCUGGACAAGAGCACGGGAGAGCUGCUGGGAGAGUACACCGGCCACAAGAACACGGGCUACAAGCUGGACUGCUGCCUGUCUAACAAGGACACCCACGUGGUGAGCUGCUCAGAGGACGGACACGUCUACUACUGGGACCUGGUGGAGGGGUCACUGUCGCUCAAGUUGUCAGUUGGGAAGGCAGUUGUUCAGUCCCUCUCCUUCCACCCCACGGAACCACGCCUUCUCACUGCCAUGGAAGGGCGUGUCCAGGUGUGGGGGGCGGAGCCUGAAGAUACGCAAGAGGAGGCGGCCAUUUGAAAUUGAGGUCCUGCAGAAAUAUAAUUGAUCUGAUCAACACCCAUCCAUCGAUCAUCUAACCCACUUAUUUCAAUGUCCAGUUAAUCGGAUUAAACUUUUGAAAGGCCCUGAACAGCGGUGACCCCCACCUCCAAUUCUGUCAUUUUUAUUUCUGGAAUUUUUUAAAUUUUAAAUAAAUGUGUAUUUUUAUAA